UCAACAGCAAUGGACGCUCCCUUACUGAAAGAUACCGUUAAUGGUGCCGUAGAUUACAAAGGCCACCCAGCAAUUCGAUCCAAGACUGGCAGAUGGAGAUCUGCUGUUUUCAUCAUUGGAGUAGAGAUCGCAGAGAGGUUUUCCUAUAAUGGAGUUAGUUCCAACCUGAUCACCUACCUGACUGGGCCACUCCAACAGUCCACCGCCACGGCAGCGGUUACCGUGAACACUUGGUCAGGGGUGGCUUUCAUGCUCCCUCUCGUCGGAGCUUUUGUUGCCGAUACUUAUCUCGGCCGAUAUCGAACUAUCUUGUGCGCUUCUCUCGUCUUUGUGUUGGGAUUGAGCUUGUUAACACUAUCAGCUGUUCUUCCUUCUUUCUCUCAUCCUAGUUGCCACAGCAACACAACAACAUCAUGCCAUCCUCCUCAAUACCAAGUCAUCCUUUUCUUUACCUCUCUAUAUUUGGUGGCAAUUGCACAAGGUGGGCACAGGACAUGCGUACAAGCUUUUGGUGCCGAUCAAUUUGAUGGGAAAGAUCCAGAAGAAAGCAAAUCUAAGAGUUCUUUCUUUAAUUGGUGGCUUUUUGGACUGUGUGGGGGUAGUAUAUGUUCACAGUUGAUCUUAACCUACAUUCAGGACAAUCUGAAUUGGGGUUUUGGAUUCGGAAUUCCAUGUGUUUGCACUGUACUUGCACUUGCUGUUUUCUUGCUUGGAAGGAAGAAUUAUCGCUACAGUCGCUGCGACGAUAACAUCAAUCCAUUUGGAAGUUUUUUGCGAGUUUUAGUUGCAGCAGUUCGAAAUUGGCGAGCUACUCCACCUACAGCCACUGUUGAUGAGGAAGGAGAAGCUCCUCUUCUUCCUGCUCUCAAUCUCUUUCUCCUUGUAUGUUUCAGGUUCCUUAACAAGGCAUUAGUUAUUGUGUCAGACAAUUCCAUGGAAGGCUGGCAAACAUGCAAUGUGAGUGAGGUGGAAGAAGCAAAGGCAGUACUAAGGUUGGUUCCUAUAUGGGCUACAUGUUUAAUAUAUGGAACUGUGUAUGCACAAUACCAUACAUUCUUCACCAAGCAAGGAGCUACCAUGGACAGAACAAUAGGGAAAGGGUUCCAAAUACCACCUGCAUCCCUUCAAUUCUUCACUACCCUCUCUGUCCUCCUUUUCAUACCCAUCUAUGACCGUCUCCUCGUUCCAAUGGCACGAAAUUUUACCAAGAUACCCUCAGGCAUAACCAUGCUUCAAAGGAUAGGCAUUGGAAUAGUCUUAUCUAUGAUUGCAAUGGUUGUGGCAGCUCUUGUUGAGAUGGAAAGGCUUGAAACAGCCAUUGAUUCUAAGAUAGUGGAUAUACCAAAAGCAACAAUUCCUAUGAGUAUUUGGUGGUUGGUUCCUCAAUACAUCUUGUUUGGAAUUUCUAAUGUUUUCACAAGGGUUGGUCUUCAAGAAUUUUUCUAUGAGCAGAUGCCAAAUAGGUUGAGGAGUGUAGGUCUUGCACUUCACCUUAGCAUCUUUGGGGUUGGGAACUUACUAAGCAGCUUCCUUGUCUCUGGAAUUGAGAAGGUAAGUGGUAGUGGGGAUGGCAAACACAGUUGGUUUUCCAACAAUCUUAAUAGGGCUCAUCUUGAUUAUUUCUAUUGGCUUCUUGCUAUUCUCCUUGCAGUAGGAUUUGUUGUUUAUUUGUAUUUUGCCAAAUCUUAUAUCUACAGUAGGUGA